AUGGCUUCUGGAUUCGGUGCCGCCCAGUCGUACUGGGAAUCCUUAUCGGCGCGAGGCCCAAGUGGAGUCACUGAUGACUACUUAUUCAAGACACUUGUCUCAAUCGGUAUCUUUCGAUGCCCCCAUUAUGUGGUUGUGUCGUCUGAAGACUACAACAAAUCUGGUAUCGAGACGGGUUCCUUACGGACCAGUCUCAUCUCCGCUUCCGCACUCUUUCUUUCAUUUGGCACUAGUAUGAACUUCCCUAGUGAAGAGGUUACAUCGGCUGAUUCGGAAGAUUUCGGCCCCUUGGCGACUUUCGCUGCUGACCUCGGCAAUGCGGUGAUGGCUGCCGCCGCAUCCGCGGUGCCUCCUGUAGCACAGGAUCCCACACCUAUCGCCGCUGUUCCGCCACCGCCGAUGCUUGUAGCCUCCUCCGCACACGGCGCUGGCGGCGCAGAAAGGGCUCCCACGGCUGCUGCAUCCUUACCGGUGCAGGACGUCGAGGUACUUAGACUUUCCGUCCCAGUACCUAGGUUGAAUUUUUCUACCGACCCUCGAACUCGUGAUUUAGGUCGUGCUACGGCGGUUAGUACGCGUGCAUUCGUUAGGGAUGUUAAGCAGUAUCUCCAGCUGGUUCGAGGUGGUGAUCGGGAGCCGGUUCGUUGCCUGUUCAUCGCCAACGCUUUGGACGGUGCCGCCAAAGCCUGGUAUGAUCAGUGGUCAACGGCACGGAUUUCGUUCACUUCGGACGAGCUGUUUACUGCGUUACUUGCCCGUUUUGCUCCUGAAGUCGUGCCCCGCGACGUGGAGGCUCGUUCCGUUCUUGCGAGUGGUACGUACCGUAUGCGCCCUGGCGAGAACGUCUCUUCCUACCAGUCGCGUUUCGAGGCACUUAUUACGCCUAUUGCGGACUUCACAGAAGGAGAAAGAAUUUUCUGGUUUCAACGCGGACUAUCUGAAGAACUCAUAGGCGAAUGCGCUACCGACCUUUUAGGAAUGCCGUUUUCCUCUUACAACCACCUUUACCGUUUUGCUUUGGGCGUGGAAAUGCGCCACCAUGCCCGAAAGCAAGUUCCUCGUUCUGCUCCCCGUGCUAAUGCCCUCUUUUCGCAGGCCCCGGGGCUGGACCCGGUUGGCGCCCCUGCUGAGGCGCCGGCACCCGAUCCUCGCGCUGCUGUCGCUGUCGGGGGUCCUGAGCGCAGAGAGGGUGGCACAGUUGCCGGCCCGGGUGCCGGUAAGCCGAGGGGGGGUCCCCGGGAACAGCGCCGGUGGCAGCAAAAAGGUCCUAGAAGUAAUCAGGGUCCUUCCGAGGCCGGGCCUAGUCAGCCGAUGGGACAGAAACGCAAACGUGACGACGACCAGUGGCUAGAGAAGUAUUGCUGCACUAAGGCAGAGCUGGAGGAGCGCAGGAAGAGGAAUAAGUGCAUGCGUUGUGGGGAUGGCCAUUCGACGGGGGUUUGCCCGUUGUGGCCCAAGAAGAAGUAG